GAGCCAGCAGCAGGAAAUUUGAGCGUUCAUGCUGCAAGUUUUGUUGCUUUUUUCCCUCGUCGAUUUGCGGUUACAGAGGAAAGAAAUGGAUGACCAAAGCUGUCCAAGAUGCAAAACAACAAAAUACAGAAACCCUUCCCUCAAGCUGAUGGUGAACGUGUGUGGACACACACUAUGCGAGAGCUGCGUGGAGAUGCUGUUUGUCCGUGGGUCCAGCAACUGUGUGCAGUGCGACACGCCCCUGAGGAAGAGCAACUUCCGCGUGCAGCUCUUUGAGGACCCCACCGUUGACAAGGAGGUGGAGAUCCGCAAGAAGGUGCUGAAGAUUUACAACAGGAGGGAUUGUGACUUUCCCAGCCUGAGAGAAUAUAACGACUACUUGGAGCAAGUGGAGGACAUCGUGUUUAACCUUACAAACAAUGUUGAUGUGGAGGACACCAAACUGAGGAUGGAGCAGUACCAGCGGGAGAACAGAGAGAUAAUCCAGAAGAAUAAAGCGAAGCUUACUCGAGAGCAGGAGGAACUGGAGGAGCUGCUCCUGCUGGAGCAGCAGGGCAAUGAACAGCGGAGACUGGAUGUGCUACAGGAGGAGCAAAGGCAGCUCCUGGCCAAAAAGAAGAACAAGCAGGCUCUUCUGGAUGAACUGGAAACGUCUCAGCUCCCUGCCUCCCUCUUGCUUGCCCAACACAAAGCCCGUGUUUCCCAGCUGGAAACAGAGAUCGAACAGCAGAAACAUGUGGUCAAAGCCACCAAUCACUUUUCAACAGGAAUUCAGAUGCGUCAGACUGUAUCUCUACAAGCUGUACCCAAGUUAGAAGAAGCCCUUUACCACUACAGGCCACUUCAGAUUGAAACUUUUGGACCACCGGUGCCAGAACUGGAGCAGCUGGGAAGACUCGGAUACUUGAACCACGUGCGGGCCUCCAUGCCUCAGGACACAGCUGGAGGAUACAGCUCGGCUUUGGCGUGUCAUCGAGCCAUCCAGGAUGCGUUCAGUGGCCUCUUUCCCCAUAUUGGCUGACCCCAAACUCUGUGACACAACUUUACGGACUAUAAAUGCAUCACUGAAGAGGACAGAAAGUAUUGUGGUGGUCACUGAUUUUAGAUGUAGAAUAUAUAUAUAUAUAUAUUUUUUUGUCACUUUUAUAUUUCCAGUAAAUCAUGAUUAGUCUGUCUGUCAUUAAAGCAAUUUAUUUAAAAAGGAAAAAUCUUCAAGGAAGCUCUGGAUUCUAAAAACAUAAAGCUUGUUUCAACUUUUAUAGUUGAGCAUUCUCAAAAAGCAAAUGGACUCCAACAGAAGAGGUGUAUGCAAAAUUCUAAAAGACUACUAAACUUGGAUUGACACUUUAAAAGAGGCAGUAAAUUAAUAAUAAACCCACAAUAUUACAACCACCUCUCAUUAUAAUGCAGUGUGGUACCACCAUACUACACGACUGCCAACUAUGAUAAUGAAAUAUUUUCCCAAGUAAUACCUCUCAUAAUUUUGGAUACAAAUUCUCUUAGAUCUCAUUUCAUUGUGCAGGUAUACCCAAUGAAGUGUCUGGUGAGUGUAUAACCAAAAACAAAGACAAGCAUUUUUAAAUAAAAUAUUUCCUCAAGUUGACAUUUACAUUGACAUCAAGUUGUGAUUUAAUUCACUUUGAUGAUUAAUCUGCUGUUUCACACUUCUGCCGCUUCGGGGUUGGUUCCUCUGAAGAUUCUGAGGACAAUUGAAGGUAAAAAACAAACAAACUGUCAUUACAAUUGAAUAAUUAAUAUACAUUGACCAACAUAUUAGAAGCACGUCAAAAUAACGACAAACAGGGUGUCCCUCAAGUCUGAACACAGGCAGUUGGCAGCAAUUUGCAGUUACUGCAAAAGUUAAAGUAAAUCUUGUAAAGUGCAUUAAUCUUUGCAUCAAAAAUGUUUGAAAUCAUAUUGAAAAUAUUUUAAUUCUACCUUUAUUUAACCACCAGGUUUGGGAGUUGAGAACAGUAUCAUUUACAAUGCUGAACUGACUGCA